AUGAAACUCAUUGUUUCCGGCGCCAGUGGCUUCGUUGCCACAGAAGUCAUUCGCCAAAGCUUGAAUAAUCCAAGCAUAACAACAGUAGUCGCACUCGCCCGUCGUCGCAUCUCUGCGCCGGGCAAUUUGCCUCCUGAUGCAGAUGCCUCAAAGCUGCGCAGUGUUGUUGUGGACGACCUCGACCAGUAUUCUGAGGAUGUGAAAAGGCAAGUGGCUGGUGCAGAUGCUUGUAUCUGGACCCUGGCCAUCACUCCCUCCAAGUCGCGCAGCUUUCCUUGGGAGGAGGUCAAACGUGUGUGCCAUGACUACACCAUGACCGGCCUCGAAACCAUCUUCCACGCGCGCGCGGGUGACAAGCCGUCACCGUUUCGCUUCUUGUACAUCAGUGGCGUGGCUGCCGAGCGUGACCAGACCAAAAAGCCUCGUUUCAUGGCUCAGUACUCUCUUAUGCGCGGUGAAACCGAAAAUCAGGUUCUUGCUUUUGCUUCUGCACACAAGGGCGAUAUGGAGGCUAGUGUGGCCAAACCCGGCCUCAUCCUGCCACCUGGCAAUAUCUUGGCGUGGCUGAGGGCAACUCUGCUCUAA